CCCGGCGCGGGAAGCGGCGGCGGGGCGGCGGCGGCGGCGGCGGCGGCGGCGGUGGCGGCGACGGUGGCAGCGCCAUGGAGCCGGGGGAGGUGAAGGACCGGAUCCUGGAGAACAUCUCGCUGUCGGUGAAGAAGUUGCAGAGCUAUUUUGCUGCAUGUGAGGAUGAGACCCCUGCCAUCCGGAACCAUGACAAGGUCCUACAGCGUCUGUGUGAGCACCUGGACCACGCCCUGCUGUACGGACUGCAAGACCUCUCCUCUGGCUACUGGGUGCUCGUGGUGCAUUUUACUCGGAGAGAGGCCAUCAAGCAGAUCGAGGUGCUGCAGCACGUGGCCACCAACCUGGGGCGCAGCCGUGCCUGGCUGUACCUGGCCCUCAAUGAGAACUCCUUGGAGAGCUACCUGCGGUUGUUCCAGGAGAACCUGGGUCUGCUGCAUAAGUACUACGUCAAGAAUGCCCUGGUCUGCAGCCACGAUCACCUGACGCUCUUCCUGACCUUGGUGUCCGGGCUAGAGUUCAUUCGUUUCGAGCUGGAUCUGGAUGCCCCUUACCUAGACCUGGCCCCCUACAUGCCCGACUACUACAAACCUCAGUACCUGCUGGACUUUGAAGACCGCCUUCCCAGCUCGGUCCACGGCUCAGACAGUCUGUCCCUCAACUCCUUCAACUCCGUCACCUCCACCAACCUGGAGUGGGAUGACAGUGCGAUUGCCCCAUCUAGUGAGGAUUAUGAUUUUGGAGAUGUGUUUCCAGCAGUGCCGUCUGUACCCAGCACAGACUGGGAAGAUGGAGACCUCACAGACACGGUCAGUGGUCCCCGCUCCACAGCCUCCGACCUGACCAGCAGCAAGGCCUCCACCAGGAGCCCCACCCAGCGCCAGAACCCCUUCAACGAGGAGCCGGCAGAGACUGUGUCCUCCUCUGACACCACCCCCGUGCACACCACCUCUCAGGAGAAGGAGGAGGACCAGGCCCUGGACCCGCUGGAUGCCUGCACGGAGCUCGAGGUCAUCAGGGUCACAAAGAAGAAGAAAAUUGGCAAGAAGAAAAAGAGCAGAUCAGACGAGGAGGCAAGUCCACUCCACCCCGCCUGCAGCCAGAAGAAAUGUGCCAAGCAGGGGGACGGUGACAGCCGCAACGGCAGCCCAAGCCUUGGGCGGGACUCGCCAGACACUACGCUUGCCUCCCCCCAGGAGGAGGGAGAGGGGCCGAGCAGCACCACGGAGAGCAGCGAGCGCUCCGAGCCGGGCCUGCUGAUCCCUGAGAUGAAGGACACCUCCAUGGAGCGCUUGGGGCAGCCCCUGAGCAAGGUUAUCGACCAGCUCAACGGGCAGCUGGACCCCAGCACCUGGUGCUCCCGUGCUGAGCCCCCAGACCAGUCCUUUCGGACCGGCUCUCCCGGGGAUGCCCCGGAGAGGCCGCUGCUUUGCGACUUUAGUGAGGGGCUUUCAGCCCCAAUGGACUUCUACCGCUUUACCGUCGAGAGUCCAAGCACUGUUACAUCAGGUGGCGGCCACCAUGACCCUGCAGGGUUUGGCCAACCGCUGCAUGUUCCUAGUAGCCCUGAGGCUGCUGGCCAAGAAGAAGAGGGAGGAGGAGGAGAGGGACAGACGCCUCGGCCCCUAGAGGAUACCACGAGGGAGGCUCAGGAGCUGGAGGCCCAGCUGUCCCUGGUCAGGGAGGGGCCUGUGUCUGAGCCAGAGCCUGGGACCCAGGAGGUUCUCUGCCAGUUCAAGCGAGACCAGCCCAGCCCGUGUCUGAGUAGCGCUGAGGAUUCUGGGGUGGAUGAGGGACAGGGGAGCCCUUCGGAGAUGGUCCAUUCCUCGGAGUUCAGAGUAGACAACAAUCACCUGCUCCUGCUCAUGAUCCACGUGUUCCGAGAAAACGAAGAGCAGCUGUUCAAAAUGAUCCGGAUGAGCACUGGGCACAUGGAGGGCAACCUGCAGCUGCUGUACGUGCUGCUCACAGACUGCUAUGUCUACCUGCUCCGGAAAGGGGCCACAGAGAAGCCAUACCUGGUGGAAGAGGCCGUUUCUUACAAUGAACUUGACUAUGUGUCGGUUGGCCUUGACCAGCAGACGGUGAAGCUGGUGUGCACCAACCGCAGGAAGCAGUUUCUGCUGGACACGGCUGAUGUGGCGCUGGCUGAGUUCUUUUUGGCUUCUUUGAAGUCAGCCAUGAUCAAAGGCUGUCGAGAACCUCCCUACCCCAGCAUCCUGACGGAUGCCACCAUGGAGAAGCUGGCACUGGCCAAAUUUGUGGCCCAAGAAUCGAAGUGUGAGGCAUCUGCUGUCACCGUGCGCUUCUACGGCCUUGUGCACUGGGAGGACCCCACAGACGAGUCCCUGGGCCCCACGCCCUGCCACUGCUCACCCCCCGAGGGCACCAUCACCAAAGAAGGCAUGCUGCACUACAAGGCGGGCACCUCCUACCUGGGCAAGGAACACUGGAAGACGUGCUUCGUGGUGCUCAGCAACGGGAUCCUCUACCAGUACCCGGACCGCACCGACGUCAUCCCUUUGCUCUCGGUGAACAUGGGGGGGGAGCAGUGCGGUGGCUGCCGGAGAGCCAACACCACGGAUCGGCCCCACGCCUUCCAGGUCAUUCUCUCCGACCGGCCCUGCCUGGAGCUGAGUGCCGAGAGCGAGGCUGAGAUGGCUGAGUGGAUGCAGCAUCUCUGCCAGGCUGUGUCCAAAGGGGUCAUCCCCCAGGGCGUAGCUCCCAGCCCCUGCAUCCCCUGCUGCCUGGUCCUCACGGAUGACCGCCUCUUUACGUGCCAUGAGGAUUGCCAGACCAGCUUCUUCCGCUCUUUGGGCACAGCCAAGCUGGGCGACAUCAGCGCCGUCUCCACCGAGCCGGGCAAGGAGUACUGCGUCUUGGAGUUCUCCCAGGACAGCCAGCAGCUCCUCCCGCCCUGGGUCAUCUACCUGAGCUGCACUUCUGAACUGGACCGAUUGCUGUCUGCACUGAACUCUGGGUGGAAAACCAUCUAUCAGGUGGACCUCCCCCACACGGCGAUCCAGGAAGCCUCCAACAAGAAGAAAUUCGAGGAUGCCUUGAGCCUCAUCCACAGCGCCUGGCAGCGGAGCGACAGUCUCUGCCGUGGCCGAGCCUCCCGAGACCCCUGGUGCUGAGGCAGAGCUGGUUGGCGUCCCUGGUGGGCAGGAAAGGAAGGCACGCCAGCCGGCAGGCACACUGUCACACGGCUGUUGUCAUGCUGUCGGGAGCCUACAGCCCACCCCUGCCCUGGGCGGCAGAACCACCGAGUGUGGCUUAAGACAGGGUCCCUCCACUCCAGGGAUCCAGAUCAGGUGCCCAGCACCCCUGGGCAUCCUGCCCGACAGGUAGCGAAUGGAGGUCGCUGGGGGCAGAGGGUCCGAGCCCCGUGGGCUCUGCGGAUGCACGCCCUCCUCCCGGGCCUCCGCCUCAGUCUGCAGAAUCUCUGCCGAGUGGCACUGAGAACACCAUCCAUCUAAGCACGAACAAAAGAACUAGGAGGGCGGGACCCCCCUCUUCCUCUCCUGGGUUGGGGGCUGGGGCCCUGAGUGCCCAGCCAUCCUUGUUCGUGUUUGAACACUCUCCUGGCCACGUGGGGAAGCGGGAACACGGGGUGUCUGCGCAUGCUUCCUCCUCCUAGCUCCAUCACUGCGCACACAGCUGCCUGCCUCGCCAGAUGCAGGGGGGCGGGCAGCCCUCCCUGGCUGCCAGGAGGUUCUGCAUGCCCACAGUCCUGCCCUGCCUCUCCCCUCAACCCGGCAGUGCCUGUAGCACCGAGGAGCAAAGGGGGUGGAUGGGGGGCUUGGAGAAGGGCGGAGCCCACCAGCCUGGCAUCCAUGUUGACAUCUUCUGACUGUCCCCUGCUUGGCUGGAGCCAGGCCCUUCCCUAGAGUUUCGUCAAGAGCCUCCUGGGGAAGGGGUCAGGUGGUUUGGGUUUUGUUUUUUUAAAUAAAAUAGACAUGUUAUAUUGCCAA